UUGGAUGCCCUUAUUCAGUACCUCCCUGCCCGCCGGCUGGCCGGCCAGUAGUGCAACCUAAACAGCGUUCUUCACCCGUGUGUGUAGCGUUGUUCUGUCAAAUGCCUCAAGGCAGCAUGCAGUGAAAAGCGUUUUCAAAGGUGGAGUCUUUUUUUGCGUCAAUCCCCUUUUCUCUCUUAAUUUUGGCAUCAGGAAGUAGCUAUGAAGACGACUAGGCAGGAUUUUGAGUAAAUUCCGCGUGUCGCACGAACAGGCGUUUCUGGCGAACAAGGUAUUCAACAGCACAGUGAUACUAAGGGUUAGAGCUCAGUUCUGUUCAAGUGUUACUGUCGUGAUACCUAAAAAAACCUUAAGCCGAUAAAGGAAAAAAAAAACAAAAAACUCACACACUGAUAUAAUACUUUUCAUCUGUUUCUACUUGUCAGAAAAGUGAGACGCGAGCAAGUGGAGUGCACUUACUAGUAAGUUUUAAAAACCCGGCUUUCAAAGGGAUAUUAGGCCGUCUGUGUCGUGUGUCACGGAUACAGCGAGACACUGGAUGCUAUCCACAAAACGAAGGGUUGCAAAAGAAGGCGCUGAGCUAUCCCAAUUUGAAUGCCUUUGCAAGGGUUUUGCUCGUUCCUUUGCUGCAGGCACGGGUUCACGGUGCUUGGACGGGAUUAUGGCGAGAAAGAGGAGGAGGAAUCGUUCGAGUUGCGGAGUAAGGAGGACGAAGCGACAUGUAACGGCAGGGGUCCCUUGGAUAUAACUCUCACCCAACCAGGUCGCACUGCCAAUGGACCUAGCAGCCGCUCGGAGAUUCCAGAAGAAAUGAGGAGCCUGAUUAUUGAGAAGAGCAAGGGAGCGAUCGAGGAGGACGCAGAGACUGUUGUCAAAGGUUGGCUGUAUAGAGAAGUGCGCGGAGGCUGGAUCAAGAUGAGGAGGCACUGGUUUGUCCUGACUCAAGACUCUCUGGACUUCUACACCAGCAACGAGAAGAAUGCCAAGAGGCUGGGAUCACUGGUCCUGACCAGCCUGUGUUCUGUCAUCUGGCCCGACAAACAGAGCUACAAAGAAACUGGCAAUUGGAGCAUCAUGGUGUACGGUCGCAAGCACAGCUAUCGAUUGUACACCAAGCACUUUAAUGAGGCAGUACACUGGGCAUGUGCAAUCCAGAAGGUCAUAGACAGCAAGGCUCCUGUCGAAACCCCAACACAGCUCCUUAUCCGGGACAUUGAGGAGAACAAGUUCAACCCUGAAGCUGUAGGGCACAUCUACAAACACAACCCCAUCCUGAAGCACACUCAGAGCCCUCUCUAUGCCUCCCUGCUGCCUUUUCCCUACGCCAGUCUGGAGCACACCUUUCACAGUGCAAAGGGCUACACCACACUGCGAGAUGAGGCGGUGAAGAUCUUCAAUUCACUACAGCAGCUGGAAUCGGCCCAGGACCCUGUGUCCCUCAUCCAGGGGGUGCUGCAGACCUGCCUGGACCUGCGGCCACUGCGGGAUGAGGUGUACUGCCAGCUGGUCAAACAGACGAGCGGGACGCCCAGCCCGGACACCCCGGCACAGCUCCGAUACUGGCAGCUACUGACCUGUAUGAGCUGUACCUUCCUGCCCAGCCUCUCCAUCCUCAAAUACCUACGCUUCCACCUCAAACGAGUACAGAGCCAGUACCCGGACACAGAGAUGGAUAACUAUGCAACAUUUAUAUCUGAAGCCAUUGGGAAAACCAAAGGGAGGGAGUACGUGCCGUCCUGGGAGGAGAUCCUGGUUCUGAUGAACAGGCAAGAGAUGUUCUGCACCAUUCACUACCCCGGCCGGGGCUCCUGCAAACUCCCCAUCCGCUCCCACACCACCGCUGACGAGUUACUGAUCCCCAGGGCGCGGUGGUGUUGUGUGCAGGUUGUGAAGAAGAUGAAGGAGAGGUUGGGUCUGCAACUCAGUCACAACACCUUCGCACUGUUUGAAGGGAACACCUACAAGGAGCGGGCAGUAGGGGGCAGCACCAUCGUCGCCGACAUCCUUACCAGGUUUGAAAACCUCGCUGCUAAGGAGCCCGAGUCGGAACAUCAAUGGAAACUCUGUUUCAAGCUCUACUGUUUCCUGGAUACAGACAGUGUCCCCAAAGACAGCAUCGAGUUCACGUUCCUUUUCGAACAGUCCCAUGCGAUGGUAAUCCAGGGUCACUUGUUUACCUCUGAGGAGGACCUCCAGUUGUUGGCGGCUCUGCGCCUCCAGUCCCUGAACGGAGACUUCAGCACCCACACGCCGUCGCCUCCGCUGGAGGAGCUCUUCCCCAGGCACGUCAUUGAGGCAAGGGCCCUGGCUUUGGUCAAGACCGCUCCAGCCAAGCCGGCCUGCUGUCCCUCGCGCUUCCUUACGGGGGCGCUGCACGCGGGGCUCUGGAAACACACUGCCGUGCAUAAGAUCAAGGCCGAGGACGACCUGCGCUUCAGGGCCCGGCUCAAAGAGGAAGGGGCCUCCAUGAUGGCUUCAAUCGUGGAGAGCUGGAAGACCCUGCAAGGCCGGGCCCGGGAGGACGUCAUGUCGGUUUACAUCUCCGUCGUCAAGCAGUGGCCCGGGUUCGGCUCUACCCUCUACGAAAUCGACUUCUACAUUAGCUCGACAGGAAGUUUUUCACAGCAGCUGUGGCUGGGAGUUGCUGCAACGUCGGUGUCUCUGUACAGACAAGGAGAUCCCGAGCCGCUGGAGAGUAUCCAUUAUGGGCAGAUCUCUUCCUAUGGAGUGUCAGACAGCACCACCUUCAAAAUCACAGCGGGAGACAGGGAAUUCUUGUUCGAAACCAGCAAGCUGAAUGAGAUUGCCCAGCUAAUGACCGCCUACAUCACCAGCGCUCACAGAACCCAGCGCCCCAGCCGAAGGACGGGGAGCAAGAACUUCGCCCUGGGAUCCCCUGUCCAGGAGCUCUCCUCACAUCCAGUUUAAACACUCCCACAUGGACACAGCAAUGGGACCUAAUUCACACACACAAAGUGGUUGUUUCCAGUGUCAUUAUUUGCCAUCUGCCAAUACAAAACUACAUUUCUGGUGGAUGCCCGGUCAGGUUUAAAAUCACGGAAAAUGCAUUGUAGGCAAGUUGGGACCAUACCUGAUUUUAAAAGCAACACCAUCAGACUCAAAAAGGCAGUUCUGUCCAAAGUUACCACACUUGUUGCACAUCUUCCAGGGCGCUAGGGCAAAUGUGAGGAGCUACUGGUAAAAUGCAAGCAGCAAAAAGAACAAGGGCAUGUGAAAAAAAAAAUAAUAAUACAAAACUGGAUAGAGAAAUGUCAACCUAUUUUUCUUUCUAAAGUAUGGAGUAAAUCUCUUUUUUCCAGGUGCUAAUCUCAUCAAUUCUAACCUAACUAACCUUGGUGGUCUUUUGAAGGCAUCACUGCAAAGAGUUGUUUUGUCACCUGAAACCAAAACAAUAGGAAUUUCCUAAUUUAACCAGCUUCAAAACGUUCAUGUCAAAACUGGCUCUUAAUUUUCUUCUGCUUGGUUGAAGAGUACCAGACUUAUCCCAGUAUCUGUAUGUAAUAAUAAGACUGCAUCAGCUAAAUACACCCCUAAAUAGCAACUGCAGCUUUUUAAGUACUGUUUUUGUUACCAGCAUCAUACAGUACUACUAAUAAUGUUUUAUUACAUAGCUUAAAAGUAUUACUACAGGUUAGGGUAGUUGUAAAGAAACUUUCAAAACAGAGAACAAGAAAUAACAGCAGGAUGCAGUUUCAGAAAUAAAUUCAGCCAGUGUGCAAAUUGAACUGCUCACUCACAAAACUACAAAUCCUAAAUAUAUAAAUACUUUGUCAUUUUUAGGAAAUUGCUGGAUUUGUUGCAUUCCAGUGAUGAGCACACAUAGUACUUGCCUAUAAUGAACAUUCUGAAUUUUCUAAACAUUCAGCACAGCAGCCUAGGGUGGGUAUCUAUCAUCCAAAAAUAUAUUCAAAUAUGUUUAAUGUGUUGGCUUUAUCUAUUUACUAAUUCAUACUGCAGCCAAAAAUAAAUAAAUAAUGUUAGACAAAUUCUAAAGCAGCUGUAGUUGAAGUCAAAAUUGAUGCUAUACUGUGAAAAGCUUCUUCAGUGACAGGAUAGACUAUUUUACUAUUAAAUCAAUUACUUUGCAUGUCUUCUACCUGCUGACAGUUUUUUCUCUCUUUUUUUUUUUUUGAUUUAAUAAUUUGCUGUUGUGUGAAAUAUGAUGCCGAAAGAGAUGAAAAUAUUAUGGAUUUUUGAAAAGAUAAUGGAUAUUAACUUUUUUAUAUUUAAUUUUUUAUUUGUGAUUUAUUUUUUGGUUGUUUUUGUUGUACGCUGUCACUUUUUUUUUUUCUUUUUGGUAAUAUUUAACUUUGACAGGGCCACAUUGGUAUUACAGAGAUGUGCAAUAAAUCUGGAUUGCGUUAAAAAAAAAAAAAAAAAACGAAAAAAAAAAAACAUUCCCUUGUAGAUGUUUUAAAGUGCACCAUGUCACCUGAUGGCAAAUUUAUUAUAAUUGCACUGUGUUUAAUACUACACCUGCAUCCUUGUUAUCUGCACAUCUGCAGUAUUGUACAAUGGGUCUACACCCUUAUACCAAAGCAUUCACAUUAGUUAAUGAUCUUCCUUAAGAGGAAGAGGUGAAUCUGCUGUUACACAGCACUGCCACUGUACAGCCACCUGCUUGUGUUUCUAUUAAAGCUGCAGGCAGCUUUUUAUCACUAUGUAUCUUAAGCUCAAUUUAUAACAAAAAAAGAAAAAAGCUUUUUAUUUAACAUGUUUGUACGCCGCAUGGUACUUUACUCUAUAUGUAUAGUCAGUUGCACUAAGUUUUUGUACAGAUAACUCGGAUGUGCAAUAAGGAAAAUGUAAAUCUAAUAAAGCAGCAUCAUUCUACCA